AUGGAUAGUCAAUUGACGAAUAAACUAAAGAAUAUACAAUCAAGGUUAGAGAUUGAAAACAGUUCAGUUCAAAGAGAAUCAGUACUAAGAAUAUCAUCGUUGUUGUGUGACCCUUCAAGCAAUCAUAACACUGUUAGAAAUGAUCAUCUAUUACAAAUACUUUUAAGAUUACUAUCAACCAAUUCUAUUUUCAUUUUAGAAUCUGUUUUAAAUUCUUUGUGGAAUGCAGUUCAAUAUAAUAGAAUACAAAGAACAAAGUUAAUUGAAACAUUGGUUAAUUCAUUGCCUGCUGUUGGAUGUGGUCAUGUCGGAGUUGAUCUAAUCAUUGGUGAAGUCGUUCGACAUAUGGUGCAAGUAGAUGUUUUGACCACCAUGAAGAACCAAGCUAUUCUCUCGGUUAUCAAGAGUGCCAACUUAGAAUCACUCGUUUCCUUUGUAAAAUACAUAGAGUUGUCUUUAACCGAUGAAGCUGUAGAUCUACCUGUAUCUCUCUACGAACAAAGAUGGAAGGCAUUUUCACCACUAUUACAAUCAAUCAUUAUUAGGUCAUCAACAUUAUCAUCAUCAUCCACUUCAUCAUCCUCUUCCUCUUCAUCAACCUAUCAACUUAUUCACCAAAUUAGUAGAAUAGCAAUGAAUAACAAUAUGUUUCAACUUCCAAUACUGGUAUUGUUAUCUACCAUUGUAUUCUCUAUCAAUAAUAAUAAUAAUAAUAACACUAUGAUGAUCGAUAUAAUUAGAGAUCUUGUAGAGUUGGUUAGAUUUACAGAUGAUUCUUUGUUAGAUUCAUUCUCAAGUGGUGAGAAACAACAAUGGAAUGCAUCCAUACAUAGAGUUGCAUUGUUGAUUGUUCAGAAUGUCUAUAACAAUAGCAAUGGUAAUGAUAUUGGAUGUGAUGUUGGUGUGUUACUCUCAUUGCUAUUCGAUCUUGUCGAUUGUGAUGAUAGCUAUAGUUCACUGCUUUGGAGUACCACAGUAUCGAAUAGCCAAUCUACCAACAUUCCAAAUGCACCGCUAAUAUUCACAUUGGCACUGGUGGUACCAAAGCUACAGAGACAACACCAACUUAGAGUACUACAACUAUUCACACUAGUAUUAGAUGAAUCUGUUAUCAACAUCAAUAUACUACCAAUAUUAUUAUAUCCAUUGAUUCGUUUACAAUCAUCGAUACCAAACGAUACACUAGAGAAUCAAAUCAACGUUUUAAACAUAUCACUAAUUAGAGAUAUAGAGAUAAUCAUUAACAAACAACAACAGCAACAAGUUAAACAAUCAACUAAUAAUAAUAAUAAUAUCCAAUUAGAUAUUGUAAUAUCAGAGUCAAUAUCACUUAUUAAUAUUAGCUAUCAAUGGUUCUUAUCAACCUUUAAUAAUAGUAAUAAUAAUAAUAAUAAUAGAUUAAUUACAUUCUUUGAUGGUUUAGAAUCAAAGUUAAAUAGUAUUAAAAGUCAGUCUGAUAGUAGCAGUAAAUCAUUAGAUUGUGAUUUAUUAUUGUUAAUUCUAUGCUCUUUCCUUUUCUAUAGAAAUCAAGAGUUUGAAAUGCAAUCAACUGUUAGAUGCCGUGCUUUGGUUGUACUAUCGUUGAUAACCUCUGUCGAUUCAUUGCAAGCGAUACCGUUGCUACCAUUGUUAAUACAUCGUCUUAGACAUGAAGAAUCGGGUGUUGUUAUCAAACAACUCUAUCAUUCACUGACUGACCUCGCUGCCAACCGAAUCUGCUAUCCCGUAGUCGUAAAGAUGAUCAACGAUAUGGCGUCAAACAAGAAGUCACUCAUGCCAAUAGCUAUUCGUCUAAUGACCAGAAUCUGGAUGGUCAACGACAAGGCACUGACAUCUCUACAAACAAUGUUGACAGCGAUACGUCCAGAUGGUAAUGGUUGCAGCACUGUCGAAGAGCGUAUUGCAUCGGCAGCAAGCAUUCGUCAAGUAUGCUCGGUAGAUUCCGAUGCAGGACAAGAAAUGAUUGCUCCACUCUCUGCUCUGCUCUGUCGUGAUAGUCAUCCAACUGUACUGUCACUGGCAUUGGAUGCACUCAGCUCGCUAUGUAAGAAUGAAGUGCUCGGUUUCGUUAGUGCUUGGAAUGUCAUAAAGAAGAACUUCACCCGGGAUGUAAAGAGACAAUCGAUUGUCAGUCAACACCUGGUGCAAUUCUUUGGAAAUGGUGUCGUCGAUCUCAAAGCAACACCCAUUGACAUCAUGGACGAGAAGAAAGCUGAUAUCAUCAGAGAUAUCGUCACAAGACUCUGGGAGUUUACACAGUGUUCCGACGUCAGCGUUGAACGAGAAGCUUACAUUACUCUUGGUGCCUAUGCAGAGGUAGAUCCCAACCUAAUUCAAUAUGAUUUCAACUCGUUGAUAUCCACCAAUACCACUACAAAUAUGACACUGGUUGAAGAGUUGCUAAAGAGAGCAUUGGUGAAGGAGUUGAAUGAGAAGCGUACUCUUAAGAGUGCACAUACCAAUCUUCGUCAAACCAAAUCGAUUCGUAUUGGCGAAGCUGUCGAUAGUGUGGAACCAAAGCUGUAUCAAGAGUAUUGUACAGAGUCACGUGUUGGUAUUACCCAUGGUGUUCAAGCCGGUCUUCUCUGGUCGUUCUCUAACCUCUCUGCGUUGGGACAAGAGGGUAAUCGUGAAUCAAAGAAAAUGAUUGCACUUCGCCAUAAAGCAUUCAGUAAGAUGUUGAUCGAUCUCACCAGUCUCGAUCUAAGUUCGAGUCGUGCCGAUGAUUUCACCAGUAGAAUGUUGACAAUCGGUGGAUGGAAUCGUUUCAUGUCCGAGAUGAUGGAAGCAUCGUUGCGUAACGAACAAACUAGAAUGUCGCUGGCGAAAGACAAGCAACCACUCGCACCCAACUUGGUUAGAGAUAAAGUAUUCGAUGAUAUCUUUAAGUUGCUGUUGGAUCAUGUUGAGCAGAUCUCGAAUAACCAGAUAACUUAUUCGCAAUCUGAGAAUAUUGUGCUGGCUCUUGCUGGUCUUGGAAGAUCGCUUCCUCUGUCGUCGUACAACAAAUUUGAACAGGUAGUGUCGAAACUAUUGGAUUGGAUUAAUCAAGAAAAACCAGUCAUAUCAAAAGGUGCAUGCUUUAUCGGUAUUUCAUGCUUGAUUGCAUCGCUCAACGAUGAAAGUCCGUUGGUUGUACAAUCAAGACAAGCUUUGCUCUGGGGAGAGUCUACCGAUCACAGUCAAUCUAAAUUCUCAUGGUAUCUAGCCAUUGCCAUUGCAAUAAUGAAUCUAAGUAAUGCCAAGAAACCAGCAACUCUUAUUGAACCAUUGCUAAAUGUCUAUAGAUCCAAACUUAUCCAUUGUCUUGACAUCCACAAUCUAUCUGAUACACCAGAGAAUGUUGGAUUGGUUCUUUCCAUUGGAUACGUUGUUUCCGCACUGAAAGAGAUCAAUAACCAACAAUCUGAGAACCUACUUAUUGAAAUCUCUGCGAUACUAGAAGCAAUCUAUCGACAAUCCCAAGAGUUGUCAAAAUCGUCACCUCAAUUGUUUGGUGCUACCCUCCUUGUCUUGCCAUUGGUAAAGACAGUGUUGUUCAAACUCUCGAAGCUCGAUUACAAUCAAAUUAAAGAGCUGAUAAGUCAACUCGAUAACAAUAGAUCGAUCUAUCCAAAACACAAGUUGUUUACCUUUGCUUCACAUGCUUUACUCAUUCAAUUGUUGGCAUCGGAAUCGUUCAGUCUCGAUAUUGACUACAUUGAAUCACAGUUUAAGCAGUAUAUCAAUACAUUGUCACAACAAAACCUGUCGGCAAAUGAUCGUAUCGCUUGUAUUGUAGCGGCUGCAGUGUUCCUUGGUGCUCCUAUCCUCUCACAGGAUGCCAGUCACUCGUUCAACGGCAACUUGGCAACCGGGGUCAUUGACUUUAUCAACUCGAAUCCAGCCAGAAGAAAAGAAUGUCAAUCACUCAUCAAUCAACUGGUUGAAUCACUCAUUCAAAUCUAUGACACAAGCGACGAUAGCAAAGUAGUGAGAUUCGCCGCUGCAUCGCUCGGUGCACUCUCCAUUCCAACCAGCAGUUCAUCCUCCAACGAUACCCCAGACAAUCUCGACCAUCUUCCAGAUGAACUUCUAGUGAAGAAACUAUUCAACUUGUUGAACAGUAAAUCUAGUUCCAACGAACAGAUCGCAUCGGUCUUUUCCAUCUUUAGUCAAGUGGAUGGAAGUAAGCUACCGAUCGUUAAUUGGGGAUCGAUCAUCAAGAGAAUUUUCACUUCCAAUCAAAAUCAGGUGGUUCGCUCCAAAUGCAUUGAAUUCUGUGCCAAGAACAUCUUACUAUCGACAUGCUCCAAUGUCUAUGUUGAAUGGAUCAGCAUCAUCCAAUCAUUCAACAGCAGCAUGGUAAAGGAAACACUACUACGCUCCAUCCCAUUGGCUAUCUCUCAUGUUGCCGCUUCUCGAGUUGACUCUCUAUUCGCACUCCUCGAAAAUGUAACCAAAGUCUACGAUAAUGUUGAUGAUGACAACGAUAAUAAUAACAAAUCAUCAAAGAAUCUUGAAUUGACAUGGAGUGUAAUCUAUGAUGGAUUGCAAGCUGAACAUCUUCCAGAUGACAUGCGUAUUCGAUUCAAAAAGUUGGCGAUCGAUUACAUCUCGAAAUCAAUUCCAUCGCCAUUCGUUAAGAGUAAUAACAACAGCAAUAAUACAACAAUGGUUGUUGAUCGUAAUGUUGUGGCAGCACUCGACCAUUGUGCAUCGGGAUUAUCUGCACUUCCCGAUAAGAAGUUUGGAUUCCAACUUAUCAGUGGAUCACUCAACAAUGCUGAAACCUUCCAAAACUCAUUAAAGAUGAACUAUGUCUUUGCCAGAUGGGCCAAACUUGCAAAAGUACCAAUAACACUCCAAUCGAUUGCCACUCUGAAACAGUGGUGUUUCGCAAGCAACGGAUCACCUUACCAACAAAUGCUGCAAGCAUUCCUUCCAUCGAUUGUCGAGAGUAUCUUUAUCGGUGGCCAACCAACAGAUGGUAGCCGCCCAACACUCAAUGAAUUGAUCAUUGAUUUCCUCGAUUGUCUCAAACUCUCACCUAAACACUCGAUCGGUAUUGAACUACUAUCGACCGUUAUCACAUGUUCUCUAUCGAGUAUCAACAUCAAUAUAUUAUUUACUCAAUUGGAAUUAAAUAAUUUAGAUAUUAAUCUAUCGAAUAUAUUGGCAUAUUCAUUACCAAUAUUUAUUAGAAGCUUUAAUCUUGAUACUAUUGUAACUGAUAGGUUGAGUUCGUUGAUCAAAGAUAAAUUCAAUAGUAUUGAGAAAUCAGAGAAAGCAAUUCUUGUUCGAUCACUCUACUCGGUAUUGCAAUCGAUUUCUGCUGUACCAGAACCUUCACAAAGUUGGAUAUUAAAUGGAUUACAAUAA